UUGGGCGAGAAUUGUGGAAGAUUCAGUGGACGAGCGAUGGCUCUAGAAUGCCGUACGCCCUUUCUUCGGCUCUUCUUUCUCUCUCUGAUUCUAGCACUGUCCACUGGUAUGCUACCACUCUACCCCAGACCAGCUCUCUACGACAUGCAGCUGACUUCCAGUAUUAGGGUGUCUGUGGAGUUUCAAGGCAUUGUACAGGAU